AUGAACCAUACAUCUCAGAGAUACCAGGAAGAUUGGUUUGACUUGGACUUAACUUAUAUUUAUCCUAACAUAAUUGCAAUGGGCUUUCCUGCUGAAAGGCCGGAGGGUGUCUACAGAAACAACAUUGAUGAGGUAGUACGGUUUCUGGACUGUAGACACAAAAAUCACUAUAAGAUUUAUAAUCUUUGCAUUGAGCAACAUUAUGACACAACCAAAUUCAACUGCCGAGUUGCACAAUAUCCGUUUGAGGAUUACAAUCCCCCCCAGUUUGAGCUGAUCAAACCAUUCUGCGAAGAUCUCGAUCAGUGGGUAAGUGAAGACGACAAUCAUGUGGCGGCGAUUCACUGUAACGCUGGAAUGGGUCGCACGGGUGUCAUGAUCUGUGCUUACCUAUUACACCGGGGCAAGUUCCUCAAAGCACAAGAAGCUCUUGACAUUUACUGCAAAGUAAGGGCCAGAGACAAGAAGGGAGUAAUGAUCCCCAGUCAUCCCUGGACCAGAGGACUGAUCCUCUCACUGACCAAGAAUGACCUGGACAAGACCAACAAAGAUAAAGCAAACAGAUAUUUCUCCCCCAAUUUCAAGGUGAAGCUGUAUUUUACAAAGACUGUGGAAGACCCCUCCAACUCUGAGGCCAGCACCUCCACCUCAGUAACGCCAGACGUUAGUGACAAUGAACAGGACCAUUAUCGAUAUUCUGACACCACGGAGUCUGGACUUACAGAAUAA